AUGGUUCACAUGAGCCUGGUGUCAGUGGUGUUUAAGACCAUUUGGCGUGCUGCUAGACAUGAGCACCACCAACACCACAGCUCUUCCCGGCACACGCCCUGCGGGGUAGAGAGCCCUGAGGAUGAUGACAGGAAGGUCCGAAGGAGAGAGAAAAACCGCGUCGCUGCUCAGAGAAGUCGGAAGAAGCAGACCCAGAAGGCUGACAAACUCCAUGAGGAAUAUGAGUGCCUGGAGCAAGAAAACGCAGUGCUGCGGCGGGAGAUCGGGAAGCUGACGGAGGAGCUGAAGCACCUGAGCGAGGCGCUGAAGGAGCACGAGAAGAUGUGCCCGCUGCUGCUGUGCCCCAUGAACUUCGUGCCCGUGCUGCGGCCGGACCCGGUGGCCGGCUGCCUGCCCCGGUGAAGCCCAGCAAGGAACCUGGUCCUUUUCGUACCUGUGAGCGGGGUUCCCUCCGCGUCCAGGGGACCUGUGGCUGGGCCUCCUCCACCGGUUCCUCUUCCCGGAGAGGCCGUCUUCUAGCUCCUCGGGGUGUUUUGUGGCUCAUGGAUCUUGGUCAACCCCCCACCACAGCCACAUCCAUGUGAGAUGGGGAGGCACCUACCCAGGCCUCCUCCUCGGAGCUCCGGGCCAUGCCCACAGGCACCUGACUCUCAGAACCUGGAGCGGAUCCAGGUCACCCAGGUUGGGAGACCACCCUCAUGACUCACGUCCCUUCCACUAUGGCAGCUACGAGGUUCUGCCGCUGUGCAGAAUCAUUUUCUCUAGAAUUGGGUAAUAAAGACAGUUUUUGUUUCUCUUUU